UAAGUGGGAUAAACUUGAACUUAGUGAUGACGACGACUUUGAAUGUCACCCGAACGUAGAUAAAGCUUCAUUUAUUCGAUGGAAACAAGCGGAUAUUCAUCAAAAACGCGAGGAUAGACGUAGAAAAAUUGAAGCUCUUAAACUUGAAACCUCGAAUAAUGAGGUAUUACUUGGUCGUAUGAACGAUAUGAUAAAACAAUUACAGGAAGGCGGUGUUGAAACUUUUUUGCAAACAAUUGAAAAUUUACGUGAGACGAAUAAAAAAAUAGCAAUGGAAGCAAAAAAUAAAGAACCUUUAGAAAAUGUUCCACCACAAGAAAGUGAAGGUGAACAACUUGCUUAUCCAACUUUUGAUCAAAUGAUGAGUGUUUUAUUUGAAAAAAUUCAAGAAGAAGUUAAAUAUGAAAGUCCAGAAAAAGUUGGUGAAGGAUUAAUAGAUAAAUUAACUCAACAUCGUGAAAAAUUAAGUAAAAGACAAAAAGAAGCUAAACAAGAAUUGGAUAGAGAAGAAAGAGAUGCUAAAAAGAAAAUUACCAUGGAUGAUAUUCACACUGGGUUCGAUAAGUCGUCUGUCAGCAAAGUCCCGAAACUUGAACCUCCAAAACCAAAAUCUAAACAUACCGAAAAGAAAAAAGAAAAGGUUGUUGAAGUGCUGAAUCCCGGGGCUCAAAUGAAAUCACUUGAUACUGAAAAGGUAAAUUUAUCACCUUUGACUUCAGAUCUCGCAAAAGAAUUUGCAGCCAUAACAGAUUACAAUGAAAGUUUCAAGUUUAUCACAAAACAUCCUGAAGUGGUAUCCCAAGAGAUAGUUGACCAAAUUUUAGCGGAAGCAUUCCAAUCUCAAUUGAAAGGAAAAGCCAAGUAUGCAAAACAGUCUGUACAUCAAGCAUGGCUAUUACAAUAUUGUCAAAAACUUGGAAAAGAUGCACGUGAUGUUUUCAUGAAAGAUGUGAAUGAUACAUAUGAUCGUAUUCGUGAACGUUGUCAAAUUAUGGCAGCAGAAAAAACUCAGAAACCUCAACCUGCUAAGCAAGUAGAACAAAUUCAAAUCGAGGUGACGGAUCCCAACAUGUCUCUUAAUGUUCGUGUUCCAGACGAAAAUGCUCCAGAUGAAGAGGGAAAGUCCAGAUAUCAACUUUUUAAAACUUUACCCGUUGAUUUCCAAAAAGCUUUAAAAACCGGCGAAAUAACUAAAAUCAAUAAAGUGUUAGGUGAUAUGAGCGUCGAAAAAGCUGAACAAGUUUUACAAAUUUGCGGCGAUGCAGAUAUUCUUUCAAUUGAGCCAGGAAUUAUUGAUACAACACAAGGUGAAGUGGUUCCAGGUCAAGAGCUUGAUGGAGAUAAAACUCUGGUAGAUGAUAGUAUGCAUAUUGAUCAAAAAGAGGUCUCAUAG